UCAAAAUUGAAACCCAUGGCGGCUUCCUCUUCUUCUCAUAAAUAUCUAAUGACUCUAUUAUUAGUGUUCUCAGCAUAUACUCAGGAAUUAAAUAACUGUGAUGCAUUCCAAACUUUUGGCUUUGAUAUGCACCACAGAUUUUCUGAUCAAGUUAAAAGUAUUAUGGGUAGUGAUAAUUUACCGGAGAAAGGUAGUCUAGGGUACUAUGCAGCUAUGGUUCAUCGUGACAAAGCUUUCCAUGGUCGUGCACUUGCUGAAAAUGAUGAUGACAAUUCUCAGUUGCUCACCUUUUCUAAUGGAACCGAGACUCUUCUUCUUUCUUCACUUGGAUUCCUACACUAUGCUUAUGUUUCACUGGGGAUACCAAGUAAAUCGUUCUUGGUUGCACUUGAUACCGGAAGCGACUUGUUUUGGGUGCCAUGUGACUGUACUAGCUGUGUUCGGAACCUUGUGACAAGUUAUGGAACUGAAUUAAAUUUCACAAUUUACAGUAGUAACUCAUCAACGACGAGUAAAGACGUGUCCUGCAACAAUAGUUUAUGUGUCCUCCAAAGAGAAUGCAGUGAUUCAUCUAGUCAAUGCCCUUAUCGAGUUGAAUAUAGAGAUAAAACAUUUUCUUCCGGAGUUUUGGUGGAGGAUAUCUUGCAUUUGACAGUAGAAAAUCAUGAGCCAAGAGACAUAAAUUGUAGGAUAACAUUUGGUUGUGGUCGGGUUCAGAAUGGUUCGCUUUUGGGCACUGGAGCUCCCAAUGGGUUAUUUGGACUUGGUAUGGGGGACACAUCCGUUCCUAGCAUUUUGUCUAGGGAAGGCUUGAUUGCAAAUUCUUUUUCCAUGUGUUUUGGAUUUGAUGGGGUUGGCAGAAUUAAUUUUGGGGACAAAGGCAGCUCAGACCAAGAUGAAACUCCAUUCAUUCUUCCGCAGCGAACACGGCGAAGGCAAACACAUUAUGAAGUUAGGGUGACUCAGUUGAGUGUGGGGAAAAAUCUAAGUGACCCGUUGGAUUUUAAUGCAGUUUUUGACUCCGGUACUUCAUUCACACACUUAGAUGAUCCAGCAUACAGGGCUAUAUGCGAAAGUUUUGACUCACAGGCUAUACAUAAACGGCAUUCUUCUGAUCCCGGGAUUCCCUUAGAAUAUUGUUACGAUUUUAGUUCAAAUACAACUGAAUUGGUUGUACCAAAAGUGAGUUUAAUCAUUAAAGGCGGGAGGCAGUUCAAUGUUCAUGAUCCAACAGUCCUAAUUACUGAUGGAACCACCGUUAUUGCAUAUUGCUUGGGUGUUGUCAGGAGUCCAAAUGUAAAUAUCAUUGGUCAGAAUUUUAUGACUGGUUACCGCAUUGUCUUCGACCGGGAGAAAAUGGUAUUGGGCUGGAAGGCGUCUAAAUGUUAUGAAAUUUUUGAUCCAAGUACUCAGCAAAAAAAUCCUGCAAUUCGAAAAGAGUCACCCCCCACAAUAAAUGUCCUACCACUUUUCGCCUCCCGUGGAACUCCUAGGAAUGGUUUAAAUUCAGGGAUUCCACAGUUUUCAGUAGGCAAACCACAAAAUAUAUACCUCAUGAUCAUGGUAUCGUCACUUUUCAUGCUACUUCUCCUCAUUUUACGAAUUGUUCCAACAAUUCAGAUGCUUGAUCUAUACUUUUCCUUUUCAAGCGUUAAUAAUCCCUGAACAACAGCAAUCGUAAUAUUUGUUUACCAAAAACUUAUUACAUGUAUUCGACUAUGUACAUAUACAAGUUAGUUCAAUAAGUGAUCCAAACGAAGAAGUGAUCAGUGUGAUUCAUAA